AUGAUCACACUGGUCCUCCUCUUCGGUAUCGCCUAUGGACAACAUUCAUAUGAAGAUAACUUUGCUCGGACCAAGAUGUUUCCGCUAAGUGCUGCAGCAUACUCUGAAGAACCAGAGAAAUGCGUUAAAGUGGUUGACCCUCAAGCAGAUAUGUGCAGAUGGGGACCUGACACAGGGCAAGUAGCAACAUAUUUCUGCGACGCUUUUGACAAAAUCUGGAACUCUACUAGAACUCAAGUUGGAAUGGGAGGCUCAUUGGCAACGCUAGCAGCCUCCUACCUUGUCGAAUCUGGCAUAGCGAGUGGUGAUAGAAUAAGAUUGGUGACAUUUGGUCAACCGAAAACCGGUGAUUAUAAUUUUGCAGAACUUAUUGAUAAGAAGAUUAAAUAUUCCUACCGAGUUGUUAACAAUCACGACCCCGUCGUUCACAUUCCCGGAUUUCGGUAUGCGCAUCAGAGAACAGAGGUGCGUACCAACUGCUUGUGCAUUGUAUGUAGGCAUAUUUACAAUACUAUUCAGGUUUGCUACGCGAAGGGUAUGCUGUCUACCCGUUUUGCCGUUGGUAGAGAAAAAAGAUGGGGAGAAUGCACCGCUUUUUAUUUUUGGCGCAUUGAAGAUCAUCGGCACUAUUUUGGUAAACAAGUGGCCGAUUUUGGACAUUCCGGCUGCGUCGGAAAGAUCUAG